AUGGUGCAGGGAAGAAUGGGGAACAACACAGCAUCGCCAGCGUUAUGGGGACGCGUGCAGAGGAGUUGUCGCAGCGCUGCUUGGGACGAGGAUAAGUUGGAGGGACAGAAAUUGGAACCAGAGCCGAGACAAAGGGUGCCAAUUGGAUGGUCCUUGGGCAACUGGGCGAGUGGCUGGCGGGAGAGGAUAAUCACACGCAGUCGCUUGGUAGAAAUAUGCAGCGAGAAAAUGGUGGGAUGGGAUGGACGAUGGCACGCGGUUCGCCCGGGUGGAGACGGCCCCGCCAGGAGAAGGAGAGUGAGCAGGGAAGAGGCUGCGGAGGAUUGGCGAAUAAACCAGGAGAAAGCAGACAGGAGCCAGCAGACGAUCGUCGAGAGAACACCUGCUCUCAUUGACAGCCUGGCAUUAAGGAGAGGCUUUGUUCUCAACAACCAUGAGGCCAGGAUGCCAAAACCAGAUGCAUGA